AUGUACUUCUUCAAAGUUUUUGGCAUUGUAGCAAUAACUUCAGCGAUCAAUGCUCAAUUUGGGUCAGGUACCUGUCGUUCUCGGCUCGCUCGCGAAUGCUCUUGCCCCCCUCAGUGGCAACUGUCGGGAGAGGACUGUUACCGCCUCACUCCUUCACCGCAUACUUGGGAUGACGCCAAGUCGGCUUGCCAAGACAUAGGUGGCAAGAUGGCCGCUCCUCGCUCGCACGAGGAAAUGAACUUCAUGGCAGAUAUGGCACGAGAGUUGGACAGCAAGUACAAGGCCUGGAUUGCUUGUAAUGACAAAGAAGUUGAAGGAUUUUGGGAAUGCGACGGCCAGGAAGGAAGUGCGCCCUUCCUGGGGUGGGGUAGCGGGCAACCAGAUAAUGGUGGCAAUAUAGAUUGUGCUACGAUAAGGAAGUAUGAUGGCAAAAUGGAUGAUAGUCACUGCUGGAAAGCAUUCAGGGCUGUUUGCGUUCGUCGAGCUGCUUGCACUCACGGUCUUAUCCAAAUCCGCCACUAA